CGUAUUAAUAUCUGGAUAUUAAUUAUUGUAUUAGACUUUACUAUUAUAAUGGACGGUGUUUUUGAUAAAUCAUACGAACAGAAUGAAAAAGAAUCUCAAGUUAUAGUUUCCAUUGGGACUUUAUUAGAGUCUGGUAAUGAUAAGGAGAUUGUUGUAAGAAAUGCUAUAGCAGAUUCAUUAUUUAAAUUAGCUCAACGAUAUCCUAAUGAAGUUGUUAAAACAUUAUGUUCUUAUCGCAAGCGAAAUAAAAAAUUAAAUACCACUCAUGUUGGGUUAAUAAUGAGCAUACUUAAAAAUGUAUGCAAUACUCAUACUAUGCAUCUUGAUGGAGAUAGCGUGUUACAAGCUAUUGAGCUCAGUGUCAUUGAAAUGACAAAUACUUCUAACACCACUCAAGAAAUAAAUGAAAAUGCGUCUUUAGUUUUGGUAGCUCUUGGACAAUGCCAUUCUAUACAAGUGAUGGAUUGCUUACUGAAUCAAUUAAAACCAAAUGUUUUGCCACAUUAUAUGAUUCUCAGAACAAUGGGUGCUUUAGCAUCACAUAAUCCUUAUGCAACUGUACCAUUCAUUAAACCUACAAUGUCGGUGACUAUACCUCUUUUAGGUGGCGUAAAGCAGGAUAACUUAAGACAGUCCUAUGCUUAUGCCCUAGCAAGAUUUUGUGAAGCCAUAACGGAAUAUUUAACCAACAUCAAUAAGGCUCCUGAUCCUACAGUCACAAAAGAUAUUUUUAAUACUGACUUAAUUAUUGUAUUUGAUAUAUUAUUGAAUCAAUGGUUAUACAGUCGCGACCCUAAGGUUGCUCAAGAAGUUUUAGGUGCCUUAGGUCCUGUUUUCAUUCUACUUCCGAAAGAAAAAAUAUUAGAGUAUCUUUCAAAAUUCAUAAAUCUUUUACUUGGUCUUUACAAAAAGAACUUGGAAAAAGUUGUAAUUACACAAUGUCUGUAUGUUGUGUUGCAAAUUGUUUUGGAUAUAGAUAAGAAUUUAUUAUACCAUCAAAUUGAAACAAUAUUUGAUAUAAUGUUUGAACAAGUUAGCACCAAUCCUGAUUUUGAUUUACCGGCUAAAAAUCACUUUGAAAUAUUGAGAUGUUUUGAUUUACUAGUAAUAACCACAUCAGAUAAAAUACUUGAUUUGAUAAUUCAAAAUAUGAAAAAUAAUAAUGAAAAGGACCGCAUUCGUUCUUGUAUGAUUCUGGCACAUUUGACAAUUUCAUCUGAUGUAUAUGUUAAACCAAAAGUUGUAGAUUUAACAAAUAUUUUGAAAGUUAUGAUACAAACCGAACAGAAUUCAAAGAUGAAGAAUAUGCUUCUGAAAACGGUAGUAGCUUUUGCUCACAAAAGAUUGUUGAGUGAUAAAGUGUUUAUUGAAUUUAUAGUAAAGCAUUGUUGUACUCCAGGCAACAUAAAAAUGAAUGAAAAUAAUGAUGUUGAAGAAUUACAAAAAGCUUGUAAUAGUUCUUUAUAUCUAUUAACUACAAAUGUUGCAGAACUAGAGCAAAUUUUAUGGCCCACUUUGCUGCAGUGUACAUUGGAUAGCAAAUAUACUUCAGCAAUGAGUACACUUGCUAAAUGUUUAGCUAAUUUAUCUUUAAAAAUGAAAAACAAUGCUGUUUUCGAUGUUAGUAAACCACCACUGAGCAUACCUACAGAAGUUGCUAUUUUUAGUCGUUCUUUGGCCAUGUUAGGUAAUCCCUUAGAAAAUAAGAAGGGAUUAUACAUUUUACAAUUUUUGAAAAACUAUUGUGAGUUUAUCAGUAAACAGCUGUUACCUUUAUGGGAAGAUAAAAUUACUGCAAUGAUUUGGUUUUUAGAAAAGAAUGAAAAAGACUUAAAUCCUUCUACUUGGGAUGAAUUGGUACUAGAUUUACUUAGCAGUACUAUUCAAGAUUUGGGAGAUGUAAAGUUCACUGAAGGAUUGAGUAAUAAAAUGGCAGAACAAUUGCCAAUGUAUAAUGUUUCGACACAAGCUUGGGAGAAACAAAUUUUAUAUAAAUGUCUGGCAACUACACUAUGUUUUAUUACUGAUGUUCAGUGUGUGAAACAAAAAGUGGAUAUUCUUUUGUUAGAGCCGAGAAGGUAUACUAUUGGAGAAUCUAUGUAUUGUGCUGAAGCCAUUGGUAUUUGCUCCAGAUCACAUUUAGAUAUCAUCUUAAAAAAAAUUCAGUUUAUACAGAAUAAUGAGUUAGCAAGAAAAUCAUCAAAAUUCUUUAAUUUGAUUAAGGAUGCUAAACAUGAAAUGGAAACAGAAACUUUAAGAUUCACUUUAUUGUAUUGUUAUGGUAAAAUUUCUUCGGAGGCUCCAUCUGAUAAAUUAUUACCACAAAUUGAAAAUUCAAUAUUAUCUUGGGUAGUUUCACAAUUAACUUCUGCUAAAGAACAUAAAAUUAAUGUGGCAGCGCUUGAAGUUAUUGGUAAUAUUGCAGAAGCUAUGCAUCCAAAUAGAAACUCACUUAACGUCGCUUUAAAUACGAGAUCAAGCAUAAUUGAAAGUGUUUUGACAAAAUUACAAAGUCACACAAACAAGGAGCAUUUGGAACUAUAUCCAAUAAUUUUAAAAGUAGUGACAGAUUUAGUAAUGCUACCUCCAGCAAUAUCUUCAGUCGAUCGAAUUACAAUAUUAGGAAUGUGUUUCGAGAAGAUUUAUAAUGCAACUUGUGAUCUAAAAACAAAAUUCAAUAGUUAUGAAGAAGAACAAGAAAAUGAUCAUUUUGCUAAUCAUUUAAAUAAAGCUUUGAACAGAUUGAAUGUGUUAGUAAAUGAGAUUUUGAAACAAGAAGUUUGUCCAAGUACAUUUGAUGAUAUUUUUGCCUUACUUGAAGUUUAUAUUAAAAAUAAAAAUGUUGAAAUUCGAUUUGGUGCAAUGAACACUUUGGAAGGAAUGCUAAAAGUAUAUUUUGAAAAAAUGAAAAUUAUGUUUGAUACACCAAGCAAAUUUGCACAAGGAGGUUUUAUAAUUGGUCGAAUUGCACCUAGGGUUACGGAUCCAAACUCUAGCAUUAGACAACUUGCAAUACAUUGCAUUGGAUUAGUUUUAGGCAUAUCCAAUCGAUAUGAAGGACAGUCAGAGAAUAAUAUUGAAGAUACAUGUAUGGUAUUACAAAAACUUCGCAAAGACAUAGAAUCUAAUAAUAACACCCAAAUAAACCAAACUACAAUUGAAUUAAGCAAUAUCAUAAGUCAAAAACUUCCACAAUAUCAGCUAUUAAAUUUUGUGGAAAGUAUCAUAGAAGCUUUAUUAGAUCCUGAAAGUAUGUCUGCUCUUGGUGCUUCAGAUAUUUUAUCAUGCUUUUUGAAGAAUAAAGGAAAUGAAUUAUAUCACAAUGUUGCUACAAUUGUUGGUUUGUGCAUUCAAGUAUCUGAAAUGUGUAAUUGUGCUAAAGCAAAGCUGGGUGGUGUAAAUUCUUUAAUCGCUUUGGCUGUACAUCAUCCGAAGGCAGUGUUUUUAAAUAUAUUAAAACAACCAUUGCCUUUUGAUAAUACUGUAGCAGAAUGCUUCAUACAGUGGGCCCAAGAACCAGCGCUGGCAUCAGAGACUUUAGAACAAUAUAUUCAACUAGUUUCUUUAAGUUCAUUACAUGAAGAAACUAGCAAUCAAUCAAACGAUUCUGGCAGACCUUCAAUAGCAGCACUGCAACCACUUUCAGCUGUGAACGCAUUGACGCACAUGUUCCAAUGCUCUCAAAUGAAAGAAUUAUGCAGAAUUCGUUUUCCAGAAUUAUUUUCCUUACAUGUGAUGAUGUUAGCUUCUUACUGCGGUUUGGCACCUCCUAUGCACAGUCAGGCUGCUAAUAAUGAAAAAUAUGGUUAUGUACCAAAUCGCAAUGCAGCCAAAAUAUCGCCUCCAAAAAUGGUUAUGGAAUGUUUUAGGAAUAUGCUGACUUGUAUAGAACUUGAUGCGAUUGCUGAAUCUCUUCUAAUAUACAAAGGUGAUUCACUCUUAUCAUUUCUUCAAACAAUGCCAGGAUUAGCAAAUGCAGUAGUCGAACAUGCACCUCAACAAGUAAGCAGAAUUGUUGAGAGCAUGGGAAAAUAUACUCAAUCUGCAAACAGUACUCAAAGACUCGCAGCAGUUGCAUUAUUUGCUGAGCUAUUGCCAGUUAUUCCUAACAAUGUUUUGGUAGACACCUUAAUUACUACUCUUCAUGGUGGUGUAUCUGAUCCAUGUCCUAUGGUUCGGCAGUGUGUUAUUGUCGGAUUAUCAAAAGUUGGUAUUUGUCAACCAAGCAGAUCUGGACAAGUUCCUGCUGCUUUGGCGGCUGUUAUACAAGGCUUGGAUGAUGAGGAAAAAGCAAAUAAUAUUACUAACAUACCACUGGAGGCAAUGCGCGGUAUUUCAAGUUUAAUAAAAGUUGCAAGUGAGGCCCAGAUCUUAGAUAUUCAGGUAACAGUUUCUGUAAGAAUACGCCCUUAUCUUGAAAGCAGUGAUCCUGCUGUAAGGGAAGCUGCUAUUCGAUUAUUUGGAGAUUUAUCUUUAGCAAAUGCUGCUGAUAGGUGUGAUGCAUUUAAAGAGCAAUUAAAUGCAAAUUUGGCUUCAUUGCUGCUUCAUUUGUCUGAACCAAAUGAUAGUAUAGUAAAGACCUGCAAAUAUACUCUAAGGCAAGUUGCACCUUUGUUGGGAGCUGUGAAAGUAAACACUAUGUUACAAGAUCAUUUAAUUGACAAAGGCACACUACAUUACGAAGCCUUUAUAAUGAAUCUUACAAAAACUUUGGUGGAUGAAUUGCCAAACUCAGUCAGCAGCCUUGCUGAAGCAACCUUACCAUUCUUGAAAUGCUCUUGUGCUGAAAUUCGUGGAAACGCUGCACUUUUUAUAGGUUAUCUUCAUGGUUACUCAAUAUUUCCACUGCCAUUGGAUUCUCCAUGCUUCAGAUUGGCACAGCUCUUAAGCGAUGAAAAUGCUACUGUACGAGCAAAAGCUGCCAUAGGUUUGGGGUCUCUUUUUGGAUCUUGAUCUUUGUAAGAUAAUUUUAUUACCUAAUGAGCAACACUUGUUACUGCAGCAUUUUGUUACAUCAAAGCGUGUUUUGAACUAGAUCUACGAAUUUCUAAACAAGAAUAUGAUCGAUUGUUAAGUUUUGUUUCCUUAUAUUUUCAAACAAUUUACGGAAAUAUUUAAUUUCUAAAUUCUUUUUUUUUUUGCGAGGGAUAUUUAAUAAAGUUUUCCAUUUUUAUGAUGGCAACUAAGAGUUGGCAGAAACAUUUUGUUUGUCAUGGGCGAAAUAUCUUUGUUAAGAUAUACAGAGUAUGCGCAUUGUGAUUUUUAUAAUCUUUGAGUUUGCUGAUGGCGUUUGAAUAUACU